AUGGGAAAGAUCGCGAGCAUCGAGUAUUUCCGGGUGCCGCCGCGCUGGCUUUUUGUUAAGAUCACGGACGACCUGGGGAAUACUGGUUGGGGCGAGGCGUCACUGGAAGGCCACACCCAAGCUGUAGAAGGUUGUCUCGAUGCAUACAUCGCGCAGUACACCGGAAUGGAGGCCGAUGAAAUUGAAAAGAUCUGGCAAAAGUCAUGGCGCAUGGGAUUUUACAGAGGCGGUCCGGUGUUCAUGAGUGCCUUGGCUGGUCUCGAUAUUGCUCUCUGGGACCUUAAAGCAAGGAAGCUGGGCCUCCCCAUUUACCAGCUGCUAGGCGGAAAAGUCAGGGACAUGAUCAAAGUAUAUGCUUGGAUUGGUGGUGAUCGGCCCUCUGAUGUUGAAUCGCAAGCUCUUUCGCGCAAAUCCCAGGGGUUUACUUGCGUCAAAAUGAACGGGACGGAAGACCUCGGGUGGUUAGACUCGCCUUCAGCACUUGAUGCCUGUGUCGAGCGUGUCAAGAUAGUCAAGGCCACCGGCAUGGAUGCCGGCGUUGACUUCCACGGGCGAGUCCAUCGACCUAUGGCGAAGCAGCUGGCGGCUCUCUUGGCGCCAUGUCGACCAUUGUUCAUCGAGGAACCGUUAUUAUCAGAGCACAUCGAAGGCAUCAAGGCGUUCUCGCAGUCUACAACAACACCUGUCGCCCUAGGUGAGCGGCUGCAUAGCCGAUGGGACGUGAAGCCUUACCUCGAGGCGGCGUGUGUGGAUAUACUACAGCCUGACAUAUCCCACGUGGGCGGAAUCUCAGAGCUUCGGCGCAUCGCAGCCAUGGCCGAGGCCUAUGAUGUGGCAAUCGCCCCUCACUGCCCGCUAGGACCGAUUGCUCUCGCCGCAAACAUACAAGUCGACGCAGCAACACCCAAUUUUGUGAUCCAGGAAAUGAGCCUUGGUAUUCACUACAACACAGGGGGCCAUGAUUUACUCACAUAUAUCAAGAAUCCAGAGGUCUGGGCGGUAAAAGACGGGUAUGUCCCCCUUAUGACCGGUCCGGGACUUGGCAUCGAUAUAGACGAGGAGAAAAUUCGAUCGCUAAGUCAAGGCGCCGAGCCGUGGUUGCCGCUCCCAAAGUCCUUCUCCGUUAAGAAGAACGGCGGUCUGCGGCCCAUCGACUCCAGUGUUACGGCCAACACGUCUUUCGCGCGGCUUGUUGGGAUCGCCAUGGACAACCGCCGUCGGACAAGCCUCGCCAACCAUGACCCGAGCUUGCGUCCCCGUGAUAGUGUUUGCAACCAUAGUCACGAACACGACCAAUCCGAUCCCGAGGACUCAGACACACAUCCAUCGAAGCAGCGCAAGCCACCCCAUUCGGAAGACUCGGUGCUCGGGCAAAUAUCCUUGUUCCCUCUGUUCUCGACUGCGACUAGAGCAGAGCAUAUGCCUAGUCCCAUAUCCAUCGGCAACCGCACCCUGGCUCCUCCAGUUGACGAGCGCGGAGUCUCCACAGCGCAGUCAUCGCGCAACUCCCCCGAACCAGCUCAGAUUGAUCGUCAAGGCCACUAUGUCGGCCCGGCAUCUGGCGCAUCUUUCCUCCUCAGGAUACAGAGAAAGCUGCAGAGGCAGUCAUUGGUGUCUUCGGAUGCAUCUAUCUUUACCUUUGGCGAUUUACCUCUGCCCGAGUCUGAUCCACGGUUUCUCAUCUUACCCCCACGUUCGGAGGCAGAGAGCCUCCUAUGCAGGUACUUUGAGUUUGCGUCGGCAACACAUCGCUUCCUGCAUCGCCCGACAGUGGAGAUGUGGCUUCAAGAGCUGUACGAGACAAAUGGCUCGAUGCGAGACCAGGCAGUAGCCAGAAGCAAGACUGCGCUGCUAUUCAUGGUGCUUGCCUGCGCCGAAAAUUAUCCAAAGUCCAAGGCCGGCACCGUCGACCCAACGUCGAGUGCUCGGUUCUUCUAUGCGGCCGAGGACCAGCUGGCCGCCGAAAAAGGCAUCAUUCGUCUGACAAGCGUACAGGCGCGGCUCGCGCAAUGCAUCUACUUACUUUCCCAUUCUCGACUGAACCACUGCUGGAGCCUGUUCGGAACCACUGCACACUUGAUGCUUGCGCUUGGCAUCCACAGAAAGUACCGUGUCGACAGCAGCAGCAAUCCCGACUACAUCGACCUGGAGUGCCGCAAGCGGACUUUCUGGUGUGCCUACAACCUGGACACCUAUCUGAGCGCCGCGCUCGGUCGACCGCGAACCUUCCACGAUGAUGAUAUAGAUCAGUCGGUCAUGUCAGGGCCUGUGGCUCAUAUGAGACUUUCCCGCAUUGUGGCAAACGUCCUGCGCGAUCUCUACAACAUCCGCCCACCGUCCACGGAUAGCCAGCUCAAGCUAGCGGCCAGAUACUCAAAAGAUAUUGACACAUGGCGCAGUGGCUUGACGUACUUGCUGGACACUGAUGGCGUCGACCCCGGACUAUUCCAGCCCAUCUUUCUCCGCCAGCGAAACGUGUUAAACAUGGCAUGUUGGCACGCGCAGAUUCUGGUUCAUCGGCCUUUCCUCCUCAAUAACUUUGCCAGUCUUGCGAACCUCGGGUCAACUCGCAAUAAGAAGACGAAAAUGGACAGAAACAAGAACUCAAAACUCACGGAUGAGCAUGUUCAGCGGUGCUUGGAAGCAGCUAUGAACAUCGUGGGGCUGGUGGACAAUCUGAACGUGAAUGGACAGCUUUAUAAUACAUUUUGGUUCACAAACUAUUUUGCGUUCUGUGCAAUUGUCAUGCUCUACGUAUGGUCGAUCCAACAGCGCAACUCGCCGCUCGACACCUACCUUCCGAUCUUUCGCGCUGCGACAAAGUGCCAGCACCAGACCACGUCUAUUGCAACGCCGGGGUCGCUGGCCCAGAGGUACGGCGUGGUUCUGCAAGAGCUCCGUCUCGAGCUGCUGCGGCUGAACAGCCACCUCCUGAACCUUGUGGUCGGGCAGAAGAACGGCAACGGCGCUUCCGAUCUGCUUCUCGAGGCUGACGAGUCCAUACUGGGCCAGUUUGAAAGCGCGGAUCUGCUAGCACUUGGGGCCAACAAUUUAGGUUUUGCGACAGGGACAGAGGCGCCGAACGCUGGCGGUCAGCUCGGCAUUGGCCAGGAAGAUAGUCAUGGGUUCCCUGACGCCAGCCCAGGCAGCUCUAUCGUGCAGAUGACAGGCUGGGGCCAAUUCGAUUCGCUAGUUACUGGAGGCGUCGGCAUGGAUGCUUUCCUCGCAGAGGGGGCCAUGGAGGGAUGGGAUCUGUCGUUGACCGAGGGGUUUGGUCAAUAA